AGGCGGUGCGCUCGCCUCACUCCUGCGUAGCCUAGAAAAUAGUCCGCGUGGAUAGCUGCAUAAAAAAAGCUGAUCUGUGGAUUCUUUUUUGUGUUUAUUGUGAUAUUGCUGAAUUUAAUUUCAUAUGCAUAUAUCGGCAUUACCAUAUGAAGAAUUAUUAUGCGAUGAGCAUUACCAACACGAAUAUAUUAAUAAAAAACGAUCGAAGUGAUUCCGAAAAGACAGUAUUUGACUAUAAAUGAGGCAAGAUUAACAGAACGUGGGAAAACAAUAUCAUUAUGGAGUCGACAACGUUAGCUUCUACACUGAGCACGGCUGUAAUUCAAAACAUCACCAAUUUUACUGCUCCUGUACACGCCUUAAAUGGUACAGUUCAUGGCAUGAGGCCACAUCCAAAAAUGUUUGGGAUCAUCGUCAAAGUGGUCUAUGCUAUAGGAAUUAUUGGGAAUGCUACUGCUAUUAUUGCUUUAAGAAGGGGAGAGAGGAGAGUGAGGAAUAGAAAACAUCUACUUCUUUUAACUUCUUUGGCGGCCAACGAUUUGGUUGCUUUGGUUGGCAUGAUGUGCGCAAUGAUAGUCGGCGAGCAUGUGCCAGGAGUGAAAGAGAUGCGCGUAUUCUGCGCCACGAGGGUAGUACUCCGCGUAUUUGGGAUCGGAAGUGUAUGCAUAGCGGUCACCAUGGCGCUGGAGAGAUACCUCGCACUUACAAGGCCGUUCUUGUACCAAAAGCAAGUCACAUAUUACGUGAUACGCAUGGCGUUGCUGGUGUCCUGGUUCUGGGCAGCAGUGCUCACAUGUGCACCUAUCUUCGGUCUCGGUCUUUACUACGACGAGGAAAAGGGCCAGUGCAUCAGAUAUAGGAAUGCCACGCACAGCGUCGACUUUGCUUAUGCCAUUUUCUAUGUCAGCUUUGGUACAAUACUCUGCGUCAUCCUAGUUUACUGCAACUUGGCUGUAAUCAGAGCUCUUUACGCGAUUACCGCACCAAGAGCUGGUGGUCAACCGGUGGUGAGGAGAGUCUCCAAGAGCAGCAGCAGGCAAAGGGAGAGAAGCAUGACGUCUGGGAAUAAUCUGCAUCUUCAUCACAACGCUGCCACCGCUGAAGAAGUCGCUUUCAGCAGGCUGAUGGCAACAUUGUCAGUACUGUUUAUGAUAUGCUGGCUUCCUCAAAUGGUCACCUCAGCACUAUACCUGGCGCUUGGUCCCGCACAUUGGCAUAAACUGCAAUCAUUGUCAGCUCUGUCUGAUAUGCUGAUGCUGUUGAACUACGUCCUAGAUCCAAUAUUAUAUGUACUGAUGCGACAACGAUGGACGAUCUACCAUACCAUCGCUCAUUGCUUCAAGCGGAGCCGUAAAACUUCAAACGAUUCGCUAACCGUGAAGAACUCAUGCUGUGCCCAAGAUACUGUCGUCGUCAGUGAUAGUUCCGGUGCCGAGAUGCGCCCUCUACGGUCUGUGGCUGCUGCCUGUCCGCAAGGCCACCCUCUAGAUGACUGACGCAAAACAUUUACCCUGAAAUUUUAAUGGUACAACACUUGUGAUUUCUAAAUUUUUCUAAUGGAAAGUUCUAGAUAAAUACUCUAAUGUGUAUUACUGUAUUCGACGAAUAUAGUCAUAAGUGUUAGUUACAAAGAUAUCCACGACUACCAAGAGCAUAACAUGAACAAUUAUUUAUCGGAAAGUUCUCGAAUGAUUGUUGAUUACUUGAUGAAGUAUGCAUGUUAAUGAAGUAUCAAUAUUGUUGCUUAAUUCAAGUUGAAUUGUAGGAUAGAAUUGUUGAAUCUCAUUAUUCCUAAUAAAUGGACAAAAAUCUGUAUAGCUAACAUACGAGUAUGUAUACCUAUGUAUUAGAUAAUCGGCAUACACACAUUUAAUAGUAGAUUAGAUAAUAAAACAAGAAAUUGAAUUUUUAUAUAUAAGGUUGCACCUUAAACGGUUUUGCGAAAAAAAUAAACACUUAAAAUAUAGAUAAUUUCAACUUUUUAUUAUUUUUUAAAAUAGAAUCUUAAUUACAAUAUUAUUUGUAUAACAUUCAA